AUGUCGCUGGACCUGAACAACCGCACUCUCCGCACCAGCUCCAGCAAGGAGCUGGUGGAGUACUUCCGGCAGUCGCUUCGAAGUGUUGGUUGGAAGCCGAUAUCAGAUCAUAUUUAUGCUAGUAUCGACUCUGGCGCCAUCCCACCUAUUGUCGUACAUGUAUUCCUCUGCGUCUGCAAGGAGCCCGGUGCUAUCGUCGAAAGUCUUUGCCAAAAUGUGUCCGCUGUUGGCAGACACGUGGCCAUCAAUCAUUUCGGUAAACUAAUUCGGACCGAAUUCUUCCCUGAUAUGUGGAAAUCCGUCGGAGGAACUCCCGGGAUGCUUGCCUUGAUGUCGGCAAUGUCCGUUUACGAAGUACGUCUCCUCUGUCAGUGCAUUGGGGGAUCCAGCACGGCAACCCACCAUGGACGGCAGCGUCAGGAAUGCAUGUCUGAACUCUUCGAAGCGUUGCAUAAUACCAGCGGCGGAAACCCCAACGUGCCGGUGAACCCUGAUCCUAGACCUUUAGGGUCUCUCUAUGACGCUAUCGCCCCUGCGUGUACGUCGGAUAUAGUCACAAAGCUGACUUGUGUCUAUGAAAAAGGCCGUGCUAGAAGAAACACCUGGCUGGCACAUGUGGGCGCAUAUCAAGAAGAACUGGUUGCUGCUGUUUUCUGCGGAGAGGGCACGCCGAAGAGGAUCACGGGCUACAAGUUCGUUCUCGAGGCCAGUGAUGUCACAUUUGCUCUUGGGCUCCUCGAGAGACUUUCUGCCGCGCCCGAUGCACUCAGGGAGAACGCAGAGAACUUGGCUCAGGACCUUGCCAUUCCGUUGGCUAGGCGGCUACGCAAUAGGAGAGCGAACUCCAGCCUUCAGAUACGCUUUUACAGUCUCCUUAUUGGGUGUAUAGGCGUGGAACCCCGUAUCGGGAAAACCAUCCCCGACAAUAUUCUCUACUACGCCAUUAGGGCCUGGAGGAGAGCGUCUCAGGGGAAGAGAGAUGGACUGGAAAAACCUCUCUCGACCUUGAUAUCCCUUGUGGCAGAGAACGGCAAGUGGUCCUUGACCGAGGUCGCCAGCGUCCUCCGGGGCGUCCAACCCGCUCAGCGAUUUUCGCUCUUGCAGCUGCUGCUCCAGAACGUUCCGCUUCUAGGCUUUACGAUCGACCUUUCCGAUACGCGCGGCGAGAAGAUCAAAUCUUGGGACGGUGUCUGGCCACUAACACUCUUCGAUAUUCUCCCGAGUGCCAUUUCCCACCUCCUCCUUGAGUACUUGAGGAAGAUAUACGCGCAUAGCCACUUCAUAGAGUAUCCUCGACACAUGUUUAAUAGGGAAAACGCUGGCCUAGUACGGCUCUACGCGCCCAGCUGCGACGGGCUUACCAAUCUGCGCAUAGUCUCCGCUCAGCUAAAUUCGCGACUGCAUGCUGGCGACUCCCACGAUGCUACCUGUUUUGUCGAGAUAGAGAAAGCCCUGCAGGAGCAAGAGCGCAAAGCCGUAUCGGAGCCGAUUGCGCGAGAGAGGUCGGAGAGGGCUGCCACAGCAGUCCUUCUAUCCAUGGCAUCCGGAUCGCUAAGCCUAUAUGAAGAUACGAUGACUUGGGCACGGCGAUUUGAUAGAGAUGCCAACGCCGUCUACAGAAUUUACUCGCGGGACGUCAUGUGUUCAAAAAUAAACAUAAAUCUUCUGAGUGCAAUUCCAUAUCAUGUGGGAAUCCAGGGCCUCUUGCAUGAACAGCUUCGGGCGGACGUUCAGCGGGCGAAUCAAAUCAUAAUGAACUAUAUGGAAACGGCAGCCACAUGUCUUCGGGAGCCCUAUUGGAGUUGGAAAUAUAUGAUAGGUCUUUCUGACUUGCCUUCCGGAGUGAUCUGGAAACGUGUAGAAAGGCUGACCGCCCUACAAGACCGGAUAACACUAUCCGAUGAGGAGAUCUUCCUCUCUGUUUGGGAGCCAACCAUCGACAUGCUUCUAGAGAUCGAGAGCUUUGGCCUACGAGAGGCUCACAAAAGCCUUGGCCUAAACACCCUUUCCGGGCCCUUGAAAAAGGGGUAUCCGGAGGCACUCUUCCUCGAUAAGGUGCCACGGCAUGUCCACAAGUUCUUGGACAAUCUCGCGCAAUCUCGCGACAAGCUAUGGCGAGAAUACCGAGUAAAGGUGUACCCCAUGACCGCAAGGCUUCAAGCACCUUGGCCAAACGGCCUUCCCAUCCAAUGGCUGACGCCUCUGAUCCUGAAGGAUAUGCCGUAUACUAAGUCCAGAGUCGAGGCGAUUGUGUUUGCCCGUGGAAACGUACUCUUAGCCCCCCCGCCGACAGAGUCAGCAAUGAUCGAAGCAAUAGGACCAUUUGUAGACGAUUACGGCUUCGCCCUGCGCCAAUUUGUGUUGGCAGCGGAGGAGGGGACCCAAAGAGAGGAGAAGGUCCUCAAAGCGUGGAAUCAUGUCACAGGAGAGCUUACCGGCAGUCGUAUGUCCCCAAGAGAAGGGCUCUAUUUUUGGAAAGAUGUUUACGAUGAGAUCGAUGUCACGCUGCCGAAGUCAGUCAUAUCAUUGUUUGAGAUCGAGCACCCCCAUUUGCCCUCGACGGAUGAGGGUAUCGGAAGUCCUACUGUCUGGAAUCCAACCUUAGCAUAUGUGCCACUCUCGGAAAUGCCGGAAACCGACACGUCCGGGGAAUUCUCUGCUUAUUCCCUUGACCAUAUGCUCGAUACCUAUGGUCUCCACGGCAUAGUCACUGCCGAUUUACCAUUCCGCCAAUACACGCCUAGAACUCGCGAUACUGAAUACCUACCGUCCAUAUGGGAGUUCUAUCGGUCGUCAUCCGGUCUUCACCCCCAUGUAAGGGAUGCCGUUGCUGCGGCUGCCAUCGCGUUCCUGGAGACGAAAUAUGUCCUCGAAUCCGGUACAUUCGUGAAGCCGUUCCCCUCGUUAUAUGAUGCUCGGUUUCCUGCUGUGCGCCUAGACGAUCAAUUCCUCCAACGAGAGAAUAGCGCCAAUAUGAGCUCAGUAUUGUCGACGUUAGAGCGUUUUUCGUCCACAAUACCAACGCGGUUACUUGGUAAUUUAGCAAAAUCUCUCUUGAAAUGCCUCGACUCUGAGCGGAUGGGAGACGGACCGACAUUUCGACCUGUAAUAUCCUGUAUACGGAGCAUUUCCCGAGGGGAUCAGCCAUCGGUUGCUUGCGAGUUCGUUAAGCAGGUCAUCUUAGCUUACCAGGACGAGAGUUCAUGGCACAGGCAUAUAUGCAACGCCAAAUUUCUCAGCAGCCUUCCUGCACACGACGCGAAAGCGUUCGUGAGCGAUCUCUUCUCGGAAAUACACGAUAGGCUUCGAAAGCAGAACGAUGCGACCUCGACGGGACAGGAAGAAGAGACAGGAAGCACCGCUCCCCACAUCAGAGUCACCAUUGUUAAGAUGGUUACUCAGAUACUAUGCCAGGGAAAGUACCUGGACCAGGCAUUUGCUUGCGAGGCUCUCGCCGCCCUGCUGAAAACUGCUACUCAUCCAGACAUCCGGACAGCGAUUGUCGAAAAUCUUACCAGCCUCAAAUCAGUAACCAACGACGACAAGCUGAAAUCAAGUAUUAUCGACCUGAUAGAAGAGCAUGCCGUCCCAAUCGCGGCAUCCAUAAAUGAACGUCACCCGCCAACCGAGGAAGACUGGCUGAAGGCUGAGUCUGGAGAUGGCCCCAUGCCCCGGAUCGACAAGAACUCCUGCUUUCCCCCAAUCCUGGGAUUGCUUGUGGGGGCCAUCCCGGAUCUAAAAGACAGAAGCGAGGCUGCUGUGCGAAGUAAAGAAAUUUGGAUGAAGCGGAUCAUUAUCCCGAUAUUGGAACAGUCAUCCAUCAACCACCGACGGUGGACUACACUAUUCCUGAAUCUCGGCGGAUUUACCCUCCCUGUGGAGAGCCUGCCUCUCGUGCCGGUGCACCCGAAACUUUUGCUUGACAUAUUCCUGGACCACGCUGAAUUUCUCCCAGAGGCCGCUUUCCGGGCGAUCAGAGAGCUAUCCAUGAUAAACAUCAGAGCCCCGAAGGACAUCGACGCAAUCAACAAGGCGGCUAGAAGGGGGAUCAUCAACGACGCGGGGUCGCAUUGGAUUUCCGUCUGGAAUGGGGUAGAUGCCACGAGCUUUGGUGUAGCUCAGAGCGUGAGCCUUCUCUUGAGCGAGAAGAUGAACUCUCACCCCCACCCGCUGGGCAGUGUUACGAUCGCGGGCCUUCAAGAAUUCCUCGUCGACGUAGCGGAUGCCUACAUUUCUGCAGCCGACACGGCGGGGUUUGACCGGUUCCUCUCCUUAUUUGACCAUCCCUAUCGUGGGGCCAGUCUGAGCGCGCAACUCUCCGGGUUCGUCAGGUCGAACUACUUACCCCUCCUCGAACGCUUCAUCGCACGUAUCGGGUCGCUGCGAAAUCAAGAGUGGCUCCGCGACCCGAAUCGACAGCCACCGAAACUUCCGGCCACGCUACCCCUAAAGUUGAAACUGUUCAAAGGCAGGUAUCAAACGGUGCCACUAGAAUUGUUUGGGGAGAGCGUUCAGGAUUUCGUUAGCGAUAUAACCUCACUACUUGAAGAACUCGUGGGGACCAAGCGGCCAUACCACCAGACGUGGCCGUCCGUAAAGGAGACUGCCCUGGGGUCGUGUUACCGGAUGUAUAGGAUCCCCGUGGCUCUCGAAUUGGGCUCCUUGGAACGACGCCCGCAGCCAGAAUUCAGUCUCGUCGACUAUCUACGUAUUGAGCUUGCGGGAGAGCUCAUGCUACAAGCCCUAGGCCUGAAGGGCGAAGGGUAUGGCGAAAAACUACGUGACAUGGUUGAGAGCUGGAGCAAUUGCCACGAUGAGAUUGUUCGGAUGCAGUACGAGUCCUUCAUGGAAGGGAUUAAGACUGCAGAUAAGACAGAACAGAGAGAAUGGUUAAAGAAGAUCAUAGGAUAGGUCGGCGUCGGUGGUACACGCCGUCAACGGCGCCCCUUAAGUAUGUACGCAGGUGGUUGUGUGCUCCCCCGGAUGAGCCCGCCUUCUUCCUCACUAGGUUCACAGGGUGCCGGAUACAUGCAUGCAUGGCUUUUUGAUGAGGCCCUCCAAGUUCUACCCGAGCCAUCCGAUGCGGACGGAUAGUGGUGGCCAGGGAUGCCUGUUGCAUAUAGAUCUGGCCACCAACCCGGAGCAUCCAGCCAGCGUAUACCGAGACCGACUGGCAAGCCAAGGACCAGCAGUGGUGCUAUACGGAGAGUUGAGUGACACCGUCUUGGUGCUCUAUCUUGAAAAUGGAGGCACAUUUAUUUCGUGUAAUGUUCCAGUUGCAGCAAAUCUCGGGCAGAGCUCCCCGGUAGGGGAAAGGGAGCAGUUAUAUUCUCCCAGUGGCUCUACGGUACGACCCGAUGCGAGGUGCCCUCGGGCUUGCGCGUGUGUAUCUAUCGUAAGUGCGAUCAACUUUGCGAAUACAAAAAAAAAAGGGCGUGCAGAGAGCAUCGAUCGACGGUCGCCGCCGUGCCCGCUGCCCCCCCCCCCCC